AUGAUGGGCAAUACUUUUGAAGAUCAUCCCAUGUUUCUGUCUGGCAAGGCUGCUAUUUCGCCUCUUUCGCAAAAAAUUGGAAUCCCAUUGAUUGUCUAUCUCGAAGAUCCGCUUGAGGAUGCACUACACAAGCCCGCGUUGCGCAAAAAGUACGCCAACAGAAUCAUUAGGGAUCUGAUGAUUAAACUCGAUAGUGGAUCUGUGCAUUGGCAAUACAAGAUUGGUGUUGGAACGGCCAUCGUUGCGCGGUUGGACAAUAAACCUCUGUCGGUCGGCUUAUUAACAGCAAUGCAUGCCUAUGCAUCUAUGUUGCUGAGCAAACGAUACGGACGGGGCGAUGCUUCAAAGGUGCAGGACUCCAUCUCGCCGGAUGACUUUAAGGAGUUUGCCAUCAAGUUUGUGGAUAAAGCGAAGAAGAACUUUGCCAAAGACUGGAGUUACGGAUUUCUCUUCGAUAUAAUGUAG